UUGACCUUUAAACAAAUAAAUUAUACAUCCAUCGCCAAGUUUGCUUUGACAAAAGUAAAACUAGGAGUAUAAUUUACGCUUUCCAUCAAAAAAGUACAAAAAAGUCAAAAAAAAAACUCGAAAAACUCAAAAUAUCAAAUCAUCUUUUGAACCCUUUCACCAGCGUUCAAAUUUUGUCUGAUUGAUAACAGUUCGCAUCAUGUCAUCGGCAGAAAUUAACCAAAUCACCGAGCAGGCCGAAAAGUUGUCUGUUGCCGACCCGGCAGCUGCUGAAACCCCAGCCACCACCGCCGAGGAAUCAUCAACCGCUGAAUCAACCCAGAACUCGGAGACUCUGGCUUCCCUCUACGUAGGAGAGUUGGACCCAUCUGUCACGGAAUCCGACUUGUUUGAGGUCUUCUCGCCCAUCGGACAAGUCUCGACCAUCAGAGUCUGCAGAGAUGCCGUUUCCAAGCAAUCCCUUGGUUACGCUUAUGUCAACUUCCAGAGCCACGCCGACGGUGAGAAGGCUUUGGAGGAGCUGAACUACACCCCAAUCAAGGGCAAGGCCUGCAGAAUCAUGUGGUCUCAAAGAGAUCCUUCUCUCAGAAGAAAUGGCUCUGGUAACAUCUUCAUCAAGAAUUUGCACCCUGCCAUUGACAACAAGACCUUGCACGACACCUUCUCUGCCUUCGGUAAGAUCUUGUCUUGUAAGAUCGCUACCGAUGAAAACGGAAACUCCAAGGGUUUUGGUUUCGUCCACUACGAGGAUUCUGAGUCUGCCAAGGCUGCCAUUGAGAACGUCAACGGUAUGCUUUUGAACGAUCACGAAGUGUAUGUUGGUCCUCAUCUUGCCAAGAAGGACAGACAGUCGAAGAUGCGCGAGCUGAUCGCCAACUUCACCAACGUCUACGUUAAGAACAUCAACCUGAACUGGGACGAGGAUAAGUUGAGAGAAACUUUCAGCCCAUUCGGUGCCAUCAGCUCGAUCUUCUUGAGUAAGGAUGAAUCUGGAAAGUCCAGAGGUUUCGGUUUUGUCAACUUCGAGAAGCACGAGGAUGCGGUCAAAGCUGUUGAGGAGCUCAACAACAAGGAGAUCGACGGGCAAAAACUUUACGUUGGAAGAGCGCAGAAGAAGAGCGAGAGAAUGGAGUCUUUGAAGCACCAAUACGAGGCUGCCAGACAGGAGCAACUGAACAAAUACCAGGGCUACAACCUGUUCGUUAAGAACUUGGACGACUCUAUUGACGACGCCAAAUUGGAGGAGGAAUUCAAGCCUUACGGCACCAUCACUUCUGCCAAGGUGAUGCUUGAUGAUGCAGGCAAGUCCAAGGGUUUCGGUUUUGUCUGCUACAGCUCUCCGGAAGAGGCUACUAAGGCCAUCACUGAGAUGCACCAGAGAAUGGUGGCCGGAAAGCCUUUGUACGUUGCUCUUGCCCAAAGAAAGGAGGUGAGAAGAUCCCAGCUUUCGCAGCAGAUCCAGGCCAGAAACCAGAUGAGAAUGCAACAGGCUGCUGCUCAGGGUGGCAUGGGUCAAUUUGUUGCACCUAUGUUCUACGGCCAGAACCCAGGCUUCCUUCCGCCAGGAGCCAGAGGCGCUCCAUUUGCUGCCCCAGGCCAGCAGAUGAUGAUGCAACAGGGCAUUCCAAGACCUGGCCAGGGUGUUCCAGUGAGCCCAGGUCAAUUCAGAGUGGGUCCUAACGGACAGCCUGUGCCAAUGUACAUGCAACCGGUUUUCAACGAAUACCCGCAGAACGGUAGAAUGCCUCAACAAAGAUACUAUCAAGGUGGAAGACCAGGACAACAGCCUCCUCAAGCGGGACCAAGAGGCAAGAGCGAGGACGGUGCUGUUCCAUCGUUGGCUCAGGUUCUUCCGCAGUUCCCUCCCGAGCAGCAGAAGAGAAUGCUUGGAGAGGAGCUGUACCCACUCAUUGUCGCCACUGGUAAGGCUCAGGACCCAGAGGCUGCUGGUAAGAUCACCGGUAUGAUGUUGGAGAUGGACAACCAACAAAUCCUGGCUCUGUUGGAGGACAGAGACUUGUUCAACAGCCAAUUCGAGGAGGCGCUCUCUGCCUACGAGGAGUACAAGAACAAGGAAGCCAGUGCCUGAAUUUGCUCGAUGCAGGCGCUCUUUGCAUUGCUAGCAGAAUGAAUGUGUACCACGAUUUAUACUGCUUGAGUGUCCCUUUAUUUAGUUCUAUUGGUUUUGUUCCGCUUUAUAGACUACAAUGUAGUUACUAUGGAAGUAUUGAACACCUAAAAGUAUCAAAUUCUGCUUAGAAUAUUAAAGUCUGUUUCUGCGUCUCCGGCCAGCCACACGGCCUGGUUAGUCACGUCUCUCCACAGCUCGAUGUCUUCAGAGUCAGCCACCAUGUUUGCGAGAUCCGGCACGUCGCUGAGCGGCGCCAUCGACGGCAGCAGCGACGGCGAGAAGAACUGGCUCUGGCUCGGAGCUUCCGACACCAUUGGCGAUAAGGUGUCUCGGAACAGAUGGUUUCGAAGACCCGUUUCGCCCAGAUGCAGACCCGAGUCCGGCCGGCUGAGUGAGGAGUCCCUAUUGGCUUGGUCGUGAUCGAAGUCGGGCGUUGGCGCGUCGACGUUGUCUGUGUGUUUUCUGACAAGCUCUAGGUUGCGGCCGUUGAAAUCCAGCAGCGUCAUAAGUUUGAGGACCUGAUCGCGUCUGAGCGCGGCCGGGUGGUUGCCGAGGUUGCGCAUCUUGGUGAACAUGACGAGGGCGUGGUCCAAGUGCUCGAGCGUGGCGUCGUGGACGCCAAACGUGGCGUUGAAAAGCACCAGCGUAGCCGUGGACGUGAACAGAUACUCUCUGUCCAUGUAGCCAAACAGCGCAAGCAUAUUCUCCGGCACGAGCACCCAAAGCGAGCGAAUGGUGUUGAUAGAGGCCUGGAAGGAGGCGUUGAGCAGGGUCAGCACCGUGGAAGAGUACUUUGUGAGGUCGAGAAAGACGCCAUUUUUCGGAUUCUGAGCGCGCAAGUUCACAAGCACAAAAUGGAAUAGCAGGGGCCGCACCGCCAGAUUGAUACCCUGGAAGUACUCGGUCAUCAUGUUGACGACAAGCCUGCUGACGUUGAUUUCUGGCUGCUGAAAGUCGCAGUUUACGUAAUCGGGCAGCUGUUUCUUCCAGUUGAACAGGCUCACCACGAGGUCGUGCACGAUAGGCAGGAUGUUGCUGGACGGCUGGCGCGUGUACAGCCGGCGGAGGAUGUUUGCGUUGAUCUGGGUGAUUUUCACACAGUUGCGAAUAAACUCUGCCUCAGGGAAGAUGUAAUGUUCGCAGCCUGGUGGAGGAUUCGACAUGUCGAAGUCGUCGGGCAGCUCUGUGGAGAUGUCGUCGUCGGUGAGCGAGAGCGGCAGCCCAGCUUUGGACGCCAACAUCCGCUCAAAAAUAUACACGGUCCACCAGAGUCGGCGACGAUGCUCGAGCUCGUACCGAUUGAUGGAGUCUUUGCCGACGUCGACAUGGAAGCCAAGGAUCAGCGAUGCACGUAGCGCUAUUCCAAAGUAGAAGUACGACGAGAUCGUGCAGUCAGCCACUUGCAGGUAGAAUGCGUACAGCAGCAGCACCUCGAUGCCUCCCUUUUUCGCGCAGUUGUCGAUGGCUCCGCUGGAGAAGAGCGCGGUGAAAAGCUCGCUGGCUUGCAGGAAAAACCCGGAGCCAGGCAGCCGUGGCGACUUGGCCAGUUUCUGUUUCUUGCGCUUGUCGUUCAGCUUGUAUCCAUUGAGAUCGUUCACGGUCCCGAGAUAUAUUUCUCCCACCGCAAAAAUAAGCAGCACCUUGCAGAACCAGAUGGUUUCCAGUACAGACUCGUCCUUGCCGUCUCCGCCGAAAUCGGGCUUGGGUCCGCUCCCGUCGUCGUUGUAGAUCCGUCGCAAGUUCUCCUUCACCAGUCCCUCGUUGAAGAAGUAAAAACACCCGUCGUUGUACGAAAUAAACGUGUCUACAAGUAACAUCGCGUAGCUGUAGCUGGGCAGCGCGAAGUUGACGUUCGUGCCCGACCGCGACGGUGUUUGUCCCAGCAUGAUUCUGUACGCGUUGCCCUCGCGCUCAAGCACGGUGUCGCCCAUUGAGCCCAGCUCCGGCGCUUCCAGCGACUGUGAGCCACGGCUCUUCAUCAGCGGGGCCAUCAGCCGGUUGAUCUCCAACCCGAAAAGAGUCAUCGACGAAUUGCCGAUAUAGAACCCCUCACCCGUGCGCGAAUGCACCAUGCUGCCGUACUUGUCCAAAAACGGCGGGAUCACCUCGCUGCCCUUGUGUUCUGUUUUGUUUUCGUGGUUCAGCAGCUGGUUUAUGUUCAUGUUGGUCGAGCUCGUGACCGGCUGCUUAAACAGUGACUCUGGCUCGGUGCUCUUCUGCUUCGCCACAGGGUCUGCAGAUCCUGUCUUUGUGGCGCUGCGCAGCACAGCGUUCUCGAUCUUGAGCCGCG